AAUGGCGAAGAAAGUGUUGAUUGUGUACGCCCAUCAGAGCUCUGGCUCAUUCAGCGCUGCAGCCAAAGAUGCUGCAGUAGAAGUUCUAACUGCUCAGGGGUGCACGGUGGAAGUAUCUGACCUGUAUGCUAUGAAGUUUAAAGCCACUGCUACUGCUGAAGACAUCACUGGGGAACCUAAGAAUGCGGAACACUUUCGUUACGCAGAGGAGACAAAACUGGCGUGGGAGGAAGGGAAACUGUCUGCUGACAUCACUGAAGAACAACGUAAAGUCACUGAAGCAGACCUAAUCAUCUUUCAGUUCCCCAUGUACUGGUUCUCUCUUCCUGCAAUCCUGAAGGGCUGGUUUGACCGGGUACUCACUCUUGGCUUUGCCUAUUCGCAUGAUAAGCGAUAUAGCCAUGGAAUCUUCAAGGACAAGAAAACUGUGUUGUCCUUCACCACUGGUUCUCAUGAGUCCAUGUUCAGUGCAACUGGCAUCAAUGGAGACAUGAAUGUCACACUGUGGCCACUGCAGAACGGUAUUCUGCACUACUGUGGCUUCCAGGUUCUGGCCCCUCAGAUCUUCUGGGCUCCAUCUCACGUUGCCUCUCAGGCCCGCAGCACCAUGCUGGAGGAAUGGCGUAAACGGCUGCCUGGUCUCCUGGGAGAAGAGCCACUUACCUUUACUCCCAUGGACUGCUUUGACGUGGAGAAGGGUUUCCAGCUGAAGCCUGAGGUCCAUGAGAAAAAUGCCACCAAGGAGUUUGGACUUACAGUGGGGAUCCACCUGGGAAAACGACUGCCACCAAACAACCAGAUGAAAUGUGGAGUCUGA